UCUGGACCCAAAAUAUCCCCAAGUGGAUAUAUAAAUCCAUGCGGAUUGAUGGGAAAAAAGGAGAACUGUGAGUGGACAUUGGAGGAUUGGAUGGCUAGUCCACACAGAUUGUAUGUAGAAUUAUUUGGCAAGGAACGAAGGUGACUGUAUGUGUGUGACUCUUCACUUCUUCAGUCGCAGAGCUGAACUCUGAAAUGAUCCUCACAAUGCUGCUAAUUAAAUCAAAUGACUAGUAUGUGGAUUCAUCCAAGCCUACGGUUGAUUAAUCGUUUGGUUGCGGCUACGGUUUAUUUGCGAUGCCCCAUUGUGUUGGGAGCCAUGGUCAGGAAACGGGAUGAUGUUGAUUUGGGCGAAGAACACAUAAAGCAUGUCGCUAUAAGGAACAGGGCUUCUCCAUUUGGGCUGACCAAACUAUACAAGCAUUUCAAUGCUGCACAAAAGCUGGAUAUCAGGAACAUGGAGUUUACGCCUUUCCUCCAUAUCAACACCACCAAGCUACACAAUAAAGUGACGGAUUGGCUUGCGAGUUGUUAUGACUCUUCGGCCAGGUAUCUUCUUAUCCCUGCCAAGGGCAGGAUCCCAAUGACCGAAGGAUCUGUCUACAAUGCUUUGGGGUGCCCCCGCGGUGAGUUGCCUGUCCCAUACAGAGUGGACAAGGACAUUGAGGCCCGGCUUGCACCACAGAUGUUCCCUGGUGUCGAUCUAUCCAAAGCCCCAUUGCACAGCCAGGUGAAUACAAUGUUGAAGGAUAUGACGGAGUCCGGCAACAGAUUCAAGAGGCUUGCCCUGAUGUACAUCAUGAGUACUAUAUUGGCACCAACCACUAGCACGAGGAUAAGCAACAGGUGCUAUCCUGUUUUGGAUGAUAUCGCCAACGUGCACAAUUACAACUUUUGCAAGUUUGUCCUCGACCAACUUCAUGAGAAUUUGUCCAAGAAGAAAUUAAACAAGGGUUGCCGUCUUUACCUUAUGCUGUUGUAUGUUGAUAGUUUGGAUAUCAGCGAGCUUGGGUUAGAUUUGCCCGCUGCUCCGUUUGGAGUCACUGCAUGGACAAACAGCUUGAUUGAUGAAGUUUUGAAAGCAGGCACAAAAGAAGAUGGAUCUUUUGGGAAACUCCAGCUAAUAUCUGACCAUGCUGUGAACUAUUCGUAUUUUGGGGGUCCUGAUCAGUUUUCCAAGUGGAUUAACAUGAAUAGCCACCCUGAUAUCGAACCGAAGGAGCGGAAGAAAGUUGAAACUCUCAUGGGUCAGUUUGCGUCAGGCAUGACCUGUCUAUUGGCCAAUCUUGUCCAAGGGUGGACUGGUCUGACGCCUCCCUAAAGUGAAGAAAUGGCGCGCCGUUUUGGUACGGUCACCGGCGGUGCGCCCACGCGCUCUCGUACUGCUAGGGGUAGGUUCGAGGGUUACAAUUACGCGAGCGACAUCGACGAUGAAGAUGAACAAGUUCAUGACAGUGGCGAGAGUAGCGACAAUGAUGACGACCCACCCUUCAACCCUGGAGGAGGAGAAGGAGAAGGGAAUAAGGAUGGCGACAAUGAAGAGGGGGGAUGGGCAGGGGCAAUGCUCAUGAGGGUCAAGGUAGUGGGAAUGACGGCGGCGGGAAUAACAAUGACGGCUCUGGCUGCAACGACAACGAUGAGGCAGCACCGAACGACGAACCUGGUGAUGAAUCCGGUGGCAGAGGGGGCAGGGGUGAAGCCGAUGACCGAGACAAAGGCACCACGGACGACGUGCACCGUGAAAUCACCAAAAUUGUGGCUGCGGAACUGAAUUUAAAGAGAAAGAGGAGUGAUAUGCCACCUCAUGCUGAUCUCGAUAAGUGUAAGAAACCGAGAUCUACUAAAAUGGUUCCGACAAAGAGUACUAGACCUGCAAGGAGGUCUCCUCGGUUUUCUCCAACCAAGGGUGGGGCAAGAGAGGAGGAUUCACCCGCUGGCGCCCCUGCUAUUGAAAAGGUCUUAAAGAAGGCAGUUACAAAGCAUAUUGCACCUUCAAGGAGUUCUCCUCGUCUUUAUCGAAACCUAGACGGGGCACAAAACAAUGAUCUGACCAACGCAGCCCGUAUUGCUGUAAAAGUCACUGAAAAGGCACCUGCAAGGAGGUCUCUCGUGUUUCUCGGAACGGUCCUUCGCGGAAAACGGAUGAGGCAUCUAUUGAUGGUGCAAGCAGCACCGCAUCUCGUAUUCCUGAAUUGGCACCACGAGCUCAUAUUAAGAAGCAAUCAACAGAUCAAGCACGAGCACAUGCUUCAGUAUGCAGAACCAGCAAUAUUUUUGAUAGACUGCGCUCGCAGCUUAGAGAACAGAAGGAGGCAGAUCCAAAUGUUGCUGAUGGGCACACCGUUGAUGAUCCGAAGGUGGCAGAUCUGAAGGCGGCAGAUCCGAAGGCGGCAGAUCACAAGGCGCAUAUCACAAUACGGCAGAUCCGAAGGCGGCAGAUCACAAGGCGCAGAUCACAAGACGGCAUAUCCGAAGGCGGCAGAUCCAAAGGCGGCAGAUCACAAGGCGGCAGAUGGGCAUACUGUCGUUGCGGCGAGCGCACUUGUUGGGUCGGCUGUCAGGCCUGUACUGAUUGCGUCGCCAGACCCUGGAGUGGUUACCGCCUUUGGAAGCAGGCCCGUCGACGCGGCGUCGCCUGCUGUUUGGUCAGCAUCAAGGCCGGUUGUGAUUGUGUCGCCUGUUGUUGGGUCAGAAGUAAGGCCGGUCGAUAUCGUGUCGCCUGCUGCCCCAUCGGCAAGGCCUGAACCUGUGCCGCUGAAACCAGGUGGUGUAUCCGUCUCGGGUCAAGCUUUGAUUGACGAGCUUUCGCCAACUGGACAAGAAGCCGUGGAGGGGUUGGUUGGACUACGCACGGGGAUGUUUCCCGCGUCUCUAUUGUUUGAGAACCGUGGUCACCAAGCAGUUGUGCCGAAGACCUCCGGAAGAACAAAAGCGGCUGUUAAAUUGGGGCUUGGUCGGAAAAGUGUUGUUGCAAACCGGCAGUCGCCACGCAUUGCUCAGCAGCAAAGAUGUGAAGCAUCAGGAGGCAUGACCGACAGACGGGCAACCCCACUUGUUCAUGUGCAGGCCAGCCACCGCCAUCCCUUGGCAUUUACCCCACCCUCAUGUGAUCUUGGCUUUAGUCCGGUACGUCGCCAACCUAGUCCACCAAUCGCAGGAAGCGCCCAAGGUGAAGUACCUGAUUCGAAGCAAGCCAAGCGCGUGUCAUUUGCUGUCCCGGUAGAUCAGACGGAAUCAGAGAAGAUCAAGUGCGGAGAUGUCGUCCUAUCAUCUGUGGAUUUGUCACCGGAAGAAGUUGAAGCAUUUGAUAUAAUGGACAAACAAGCACGGGAAAGGGAUGCGGCUGCCUCGGGUUAUGCAGAAGCCCCUGAUAAAAUGGAGACUCCUAUGAAAAAUUCAUCCAUUCAAAAAGCUGUGGACUGCAGUGCCACUCCAGCGACAACAAUUAUACCCAAGAGGAUUGUGCAGCCCUCAAAGUAUAUGCGCGGGCCGUAUGUCAAAAUCAAAGCAUCCGCUGCUGUGAAUGAGUUAUACCAGAAAGUCAAACGGUUUGGCGGAGGUAGGAAGACAUCAAAGACGAAUAAUCUUGAUAUAUGCAGGACAAUUGUAAUCCUGUGCAAGUCAACUUUUGCUGAGCUUGGUGAGCUUGCGAUGGCUGUUAAGCCUAGGGGAGGUUGGGGACCAAUCUUGCCGAAGCCGCCAUUGAGUACAUCCAGCGGUUUGAGUGUCCGGAAGACAAAGUAGUGGUCUCGUAUGUUGUUGCUAGGAAGCUAUCUGAGGGGCACACCCGUCACAAUCUGAUAAAUAAAUUGUUCAGUCAGGACCCUGCUUCAAAGCUCACUCGCAAAAAAACUUGUUAUGUUCCCAUUCCUCCAGCUAUGGGGUGGUGAAUCAGCGAAGGAUAGAGAGGGUCAUUGGUACACUGUUUCAGUAAACACUAACCAACGGAAGUUCGAGAUUCUCGAUUCCCUCCGCGGCCCUAAUGAUGAGGAGCUGCGACUUCAUUCUGGCGAGAUGUUGCUGAACAUUAAACGAGCAUGGAGAGAGCAUUAUGCCGACACCAAGAUGCAGAUCCAGGAUUUUACGACUGAGCACAUAUCUGUGCCAAUGCAAGAUAAUAUUGAUGAUUGUGGCUUCUACAUGCUCGAGUUCUUGAAGAAAUGGGAUGGUAGAGUUGUGCCAGCGUUUGGCCCGGAUGAGAUUGUCGAAACCAGGAAGAUUAUCACUCACCAACUGGUUACGAACCAGCAUUUCAAUGAGAAGAAGAAUGCAAAGGAAUUUAUUGAGCAACACUCAAAAUAAGGUAAGCGACGCUAAGAGAUUACUUGUUUGUGAAAUUACUGUUUCAUAGUUUCUAUUUUUUUUGUGGGCCGCAGUCUGUAUGAUUACUCAUGCAUGCUCAUGUAAGGCAAUUCAUACCCGCUUUCUGGUGGCAUAUCUUUAAAAGAAAUGCCUGGCAACUUAAUGUAAAAACAGAGAAUGCAAAUGGCAACUGUUACUGAAUCAUGCCUGGCAACUUAGUGUAACCAUUUGGCAACUGUUACUGAAUCA